AUAACACCUCCUCUUGGCUCUCAUCUUUCAUCCUAAAAAACUCUCCAUUUGCAAACCAAAGUUUUGUCAUCAGAGGCAGCCAUGUUCAUAACUCUACUCUUAUUUUGGUCUCUACUUUCGUUGCUCUAUUUCUUCUUCACCCCCAUCCAAAAACAUCAAACUAGACUAACCAAACCACUAUUGAAUUCCACCUAUGGCCCUUCCUCCUACCCCAUAAUUGGUUGCUUUAUCUCUUUCUACAAGAACCAACACAACCUCCUAGACUGGUACACCAGUCUCCUCUCAGGCUCGCCGUCACAGACUAUAGUUGUGCACAGGAUAGGUGCACGACGCACUGUUGUGACGGGGAACCCAUCCAACGUGGAGCACAUUCUCAAAACAAACUUUGCAAACUUCCCCAAGGGAAAACCCCUAACUGAGUUCCUCGGGGACCUUCUGGGCUGCGGCAUAUUCAACGUGGAUGGCGAUUUGUGGUCCACGCAGCGCAAGCUCGCGAGCCACGAGUUCAGCAUAAAGUCCCUAAGGGAGUUUGUGGUGAACACUCUCGAGGAAGAAGUCGAGCACCGACUUAUUCCACUGCUGGAAGAAGCUGCAGAGAGCCAAAGGGUUUUGGAUAUGCAAGAAAUACUGAGGAGGUUUGCUUUUGACACUGUGAGCAAGGUUUCUUUGGGCUCCGACCCGUUUUGCUUGGACUUGACCCGACCCGUGCCUCCCCUUGUGAAAGCUUUUGAAUGUGCUGCUGAGAUAAGUGCCAGGAGGGGUACGGCUCCUUUAUAUUUGAUGUGGAAGAUGAAGCGUGCAUUGAGCAUUGGGUCCGAAAAGAAGCUCAAGGAAGCUGUUAAGGUCGUUCAUGGCUCUGUACAUGAAAUAAUCCAGAACAAAAAGAAAGUUUUUGAAAGAGAUGGAGAGAGAAGUGAGAGCCACGACAUGUUGUCACGGUUGUUAUUAGCAGGGCACAGUGAAGAAGUGGUGAGAGACAUGGUGAUAAGCUUCAUACUGGCCGGACGUGACACCACCUCAGCAGCCAUGACUUGGCUCUUCUGGUUGCUCAGCAAGCAUCCUGACAUAACCCACAAGAUCGCGAACGAAGUCGAAAACGUCGUCGUACAAAGAAAUGGUACGGAAAAAUUAGGGUUUGAUGAUUUGCAAAAAAUGAGGUUUUUGAGGGCUUGUUUGUGUGAGUCUUUGAGGCUCUACCCACCAGUCCCGUGGGAUUCCAAGCAUGCUGAGGUGGACACUGUUCUGCCAGAUGGGACUUGGGUUGGGAAGGGAGAUAGGGUUACUUAUUUUCCUUAUGGGAUGGGGAGGAUGGAGGAGUUGUGGGGAAAAGACCGGUUCGAGUUUAACCCGGACCGGUGGUUUGAUAUUGAACCGGGUUGUGACGGUGAUAAGGUUUUGAAAUCGGUGAGUCCGUACAAGUUUCCGGUUUUUCAGGCCGGCCCGAGGGUUUGCCUUGGGAAGGAGAUGGCUUUUAUUCAGAUGAAGUAUGUGAUGGCUUCGGUGUUAAGGCGGUUUGAGAUCAGACCGGUUUGUGGGGAGGACCAGCCGGCUUUUGUUCCUCUCUUGACGGCCCACAUGGCUGGGGGGUUGAAGGUGUUGGUUCGAAAAAGAAAUUAGCUUAUAUUAGUACAAAACCUUCUAGGUAAACUCUACGCUUCAAACGGCAUUGCAUUUCGAAUGUGAUCUUUUUUUUUUAAUUCUUAUGUUUAUGGCUAUAUUAAACGUGUUGAAUGCAAAUAUGUCGUGGAGA